AUGGCUCCUAAGAAGAAGGGAAGCAAGAAGCAGCAGGAGGAAGACUGGGAAGCAGAGCUCGGCGAGGCUGCGCCUGCUGGAGAGGAAACCCAGGAUCCAGCCAACGGUGACGCCGAGGCCAAUGGCGAUGGCGAAGAGGUGGGCGGCGGUGGUCUUCUUGCAGCCCUCAAGAAGAAUCGCUCGAAGAAGGCCAAGAAAGGGAAAAACGUCGACAACGACUGGGUUGAAGGCGAGGACCCUACUCAAGCAGACGCAAAUGGAGAUGCCGCCGUCGAUCUGGCCAGCAAAGCACCCCAAGAAGGCUCAUUCGAGGAUGAAGAUGACGUUUUCUCUGGAAAACCGAAGAAACCCGCUUCCAAGGCCCAGCCCAAGAAGGAAGAAGAAGAAGAAGACGGUGGCAAGUUGAAGUCAAAGAAGGAAAAGGAAAAAGAGAAGAAGGAGAGAGAGAAGCAGCGGAAAAAGGAACAGGCCGCAAAGAAAAAAAGCACCACACCCGCUGCUCCUGCGAAACCAGAGCCAGCCAAGCCCAUCCCUGAAGUCGAAACGGCGCCAACUCCCGAACCAGCCCAAAAGGCAGAGCCGGCUGGUAAGAAGAAGAAGCUUCCACCUCACCUCGCUGCCCUCCAGAAACAACAAGAAGCUUUGAGACUGGAACGAGAGAACGAGGAGAAACGCUUGGCUGAAGAGCAGGCCGCAGAGGCCGAGCGUCUUCGUGAACUGGAGGAGGAGGAGAAGAAGAAAGAAGAAGCGCGUCAACGAAAGAAAGAAAAAGAAAAGGAAAAGAAGGAGCAACUUCGCAAGGAGGGCAAGCUUCUUACCAAAGCCCAGAAGGAAUUGAAAGAGCGCAAUGAACUGAGCAUGAAACGGAUGUUGGAAGCUGGCGUUGGCCACGUUGCUGGCCUGGACGGAAAAGCCGAACCUUCCGAGAAGAAGAAGACGGUUGCCGUUAACCGCAAGAAGAAGGGCAUAAAGAAAGAUGAAGUGGACUUGGAGGCCGCCGCUGCUAGAGCACAGGCCCGGCGCGAAGCUGAAGACGAUAAGCGAAGGAAAGAAGAGGAAGCAAAGGCCAAAGAAGAAGCAAAGGCCACAGCAGCUGCUAAAGGCGAAGAGAGUGAACUUGAAGAUUGGGAAGCAGCCGCAGCCGCAGACGACGAUGUUAAAGAUAGCUGGGAUGCUGAUUCCGACAAGGAAACGAAAGAUACCAAGACCGAGGCAGCCGAGGCAGCCGAAGAGUCAGAGUCAGAGUCAGACUCAGAAGACGAAAGCUCUUCUGAAGAUGAAGAGGCCACUGCUACCCAGAGAGCCAUUGCUCAGAGAAAAGCAGAGGCUGCAGAGCGACGCAAGAAACAACACGAAGAAGCCCUCGCAGCACGAUCAAAGGAUAACCUGCGUUCUCCAAUUUGUUGUAUUCUCGGCCACGUCGAUACUGGAAAGACCAAACUGCUCGACAAGAUUCGACAGACCAACGUUCAAGAGGGAGAAGCAGGAGGUAUCACCCAGCAAAUCGGUGCUACUUAUUUCCCUGUCGAUGCCCUGAAGCAGAAGACUUCUGUCGUCAACAAGGAUGGAUCUUUUGAAUUCAAAGUUCCAGGUCUGCUGAUUAUAGACACACCCGGGCACGAGUCUUUCUCCAAUCUGCGUUCAAGAGGCUCUUCUCUGUGUAAUAUUGCCAUCUUGGUGGUUGAUAUUAUGCACGGCUUGGAGCCGCAAACACUGGAAUCUAUGCGAUUGCUUCGGGAUCGCAAAACGCCCUUCAUUGUAGCACUGAACAAAAUCGAUCGUCUUUACGGCUGGAAGAAGAUUGACAACAAUGGCUUCCGUGAAAGUUUGGAAAUGCAGAGCAAGGGCGUUAUUAACGAAUUCAGGACUCGUCUCGAGCAGACCAAACUUGCAUUUGCUGAGCAGGGUUUCAACUCGGAACUCUACUAUGAAAACAAGUCACUGGCUCGCAACGUCUCCCUGGUGCCGACAUCAGCUCAUACCGGUGAAGGUAUUCCAGACAUGCUCAAGCUUCUGACAUCUUUGACUCAGGAGCGUAUGACAAAUGCUCUCAUGUAUUUGUCUGAGAUUGAAUGUACAGUGCUUGAAGUGAAAGUUAUUGAAGGUCUGGGUACAACCAUCGAUGUCGUCUUGUCCAAUGGUAUCCUGCGUGAAGGUGACCGGGUGGUUCUUUGCGGUCUGAACGGGCCUAUAUCAACGAAUAUUCGAGCAUUGUUAACUCCAGCACCGCUCAAAGAACUUCGACUGAAAUCCCAAUACGUUCACAACAAGGAAGUCAAGGCUGCCCUUGGUGUCAAGAUUGCCGCCAACGAUCUAGAGCACGCAAUUGCAGGUUCACGCCUGCUUGUUGUUGGCCCUGAUGACGACGAGGAGGAUUUGGAGGAAGAGGUCAUGUCGGAUCUUGAAAACUUGCUCAGCAAGGUGGCCAAGGACCAGCGCGGUGUCACAGUCCAAGCAUCCACGCUUGGUUCACUCGAAGCCUUGCUUGAGUUCCUUAGAGCCUCCAAAAUCCCAGUCUCCAACAUUUCCAUUGGCCCCGUGUUCAAGCGCGAUGUUAUGCUGGCGGGAACUAUGUUAGAGAAGAACCUCAAAGAAUACGCAGUCAUGCUGUGUUUCGAUGUCAAGGUCGAUAAAGAAGCCCAAGCAUAUGCAGACGAAGUUGGCGUGAAGAUCUUCACGGCAGACAUCAUCUAUCACCUGUUUGAUGACUUCACCAAGCACAUGGCGGAGCUGACCGAGCAGAGGAAAGAAGAGUCUAAGCUGCACGCCGUCUUCCCUGCUGUCCUGAAGACUGUGGCUGUAUUCAACAAGAAAGACCCCAUUGUUAUUGGUGUGGAUGUUAUUGAAGGUAGCUUGAAAUUGUUGACGCCUAUCGCCGCCGUCAAGCAAAAUCCAACAACGGGCCAGAAGGAAAUUAUCCAAUUGGGCCGAGUAUCAUCUAUCGAGCGUGACCACAAAGCUCUUCAAGUCUGCAAGCGUGGCCAGCCGUCUGUAGCCGUCAAGAUCGAAGGCGCCAACCAGCCACUAUACGGCCGUCAGCUAGAAGAGAGCGACACGCUCUACUCUGAAAUCUCGCGCAGGAGUAUUGACACAUUGAAGGAGUUUUACAGACCGGAUGUCACGAUGGAGGAAUGGGGCUUGAUCAAGAAGCUUAAGCCACUGUUUGACAUUCCUUGA